UACAAUUAAUGUCGACCAAAAGUUGUGUGUGCUUGUAUUGUUGUUUAUUUUUCAAUACUUACAUUAAACAUUGUAAUUUCUAAAAACAAUUUACUCUUCCUACAAGCACCCUACGAUAAGAAUUAAUUUUCACAAUUACGUAGUUGUUGUUAUUUAACAUUUCAUAUUUAGCUUUGUCUAAAUGUGCCAUUAAAGUGUUCAAGAAUUUAUGAGGGCUGAAGAUGUGAUAAUUAAACGAAUUUGGCUUUCUGCCAUUCUCUGGUUUUAUGUUUAAAAGCAAAAUGAUUUGGUUAUCAUUUAUUGUGUGGCUUGUAGUAGUAGGAAAGUCAAUAGGAUUCUGUCCAUCAUUAUGUUCAUGCAAAGGUACAAAAGUGGGUGAUGGUGAACCUCAACCUGAAGAGCCCUUAAAGUUAAGAUGUGGAGGAAGUCCAACACAAAUAACUGAACUGAAAGAAAUAGAUCUUAGCAAACUAUUGGCAGUUGUUGUCAGCUUAAACUUAUCAGGAAAUGCAAUAACAACACUCUCCCGAGAACUUAAUUUACCAAAGUUACAAAAACUAGACUUAAGUAAAAAUCAAGUUAAUUUGAUAGAAUCUGAUGCAUUCUACAACAUGACAUCAAUACAAAGACUGGAUUUAUCGCACAAUCAAAUAAGCAAUGUCUAUAAAGAAAUGUUUAAGGGUCUCAUUAACUUGGAAAGAUUGAAUUUAUCACAUAAUUAUAUCUCUGUGCUUAACACAGGCACAUUUGACUAUCUUGUUGGUUUGAAACAAAUUGACAUAACAGAAAAUCCAUUGAUUUGUGAUUGUAACCUUUUAUGGUUUGGUGACUGGUUAAGGAACACAAGUGUAAGGCCAGUUGGUGGCCCCAAAUGUGCAUUUCCAGAAAAUAUGGCUGACAAGCUAGUCAAAAAACUAAAAAUAUUUCUCGAUCUUUCUGCAUGCGGUAGUGUCUUACCAGCAAACAAUCUAAUUGUAAGACCAUCACAUGAUCAAGUGGUGUUUGAGGGUGAUACACUAAGUUUGACAUGUAGUGCACCAUUUGCAUCUGUUAUUGCAAAAUAUGAGUUAAACUGGGUGCAUUCUAUGCAAGAAUGCUGUGCAGACGUGAACAUAACGAGUACAGAUAUGCAAGAAGAAGGAUUGGCGGAAACAACAGUAUUCUUUCCAUGUGUUUCAAACCACCAUGCUGGGAAUUGGACUUGUUCAUACUGUGACCAGAAUCAUAUUAAGCAUAACUAUACAAUUCAGCUCAUUGUGUUAUCAAACUAUACACAAUACUGUCCUACAGAUAGUACAACAGGGAACAAAGGGUUGUAUUCUUGGCCCCAGCUGUUAUUGAACCAUACAGCAUCUGUACCAUGCCAGAGUGGUGAUGGUUUAGCAUAUAGACAUUGCUAUGCGAAUGUGACAUGGGGUAAAGCUAAUACCACAGAAUGUUCAUACAUAAGUAAUAUAACCAAGUUGUUGCAGCAAUUUGCCUUAUUAAAUGUUAGCUUGGUACAAUUUUCUGCAAUAAAUGCUACUGAAAGACUGGCCAUGUUGAUUGAAGAGAAGACAUAUCCGUUAGCAGAAAUUUCAGAUGCUGAUGAUGUUAUGUUUAUUGCCGCUGCUAUUAGAAAUUAUAUGCAGUAUAUAGCAGAAGAGAAGGAUUUAGGUUCAGCUUUACUGGAAGUGAUAGAAGCGGCUAUGAAUAUAUCAACUCCAGUGAUGUCCCAAGCGGAAGUUACGCAUGGUGCGUGCACCGACAUGGUGAGAGCUGCUGAAGAAAUAUCCAUACAUACAGACAAUGUUCAAGGACACAAGAAAAAGAUGGCGGUGGAGCGUUUUCCCGCUCGUGAAGGUUUUAGUGGGGUGACGUGUGUGUGGUACAGUGGGAUGACGGAUAGGAGGCUUCACUGCUCGACAACUAAUAGGACUGUGGCGCCAUUACUCACCGUCACAGAUGCACUUAUACACGCUAGUGUGCAGAUCCCCCAAUCACUGCUGUACAGCACGACAGAUUCGGGUGUACUUUUGCAAAGUCAACCCCAAGAACUAGUUGUGUCUUUCUACGAGGAUGCCUCCUUGUUCCCGCUACUUCCAAGUAUGGAUGAAGGAAACAUCAGGGGUCACAGGUCAAAGGACUAUUAUGGACGAAGUACUAAACGCGAGGAUAUGAAUAUGGAAAUUACAUCACCGGUUGUUGGAUUUCAAUUGGAUAAGGUGUCUGUCCGGGGUGAGCUUCUAGAGCCCAUAAUAAUAACGGUACGUCUAUCGUGUGGUGGUGGAGUUGAAACUCGUGCUGCUGUAUGGGAACACACCACGAGGCGGUGGACUGAUAAUACCACCGACUGUCGGAUAUCGCACGUUGUAUCAGAAAUGAUAAUCAUCAGUUGUAAUCGCUUAGCGUACGUUGGUUUGCUUCAAAAUGUCGAAACGGGCAUAUACGGGGCUCGGACCGACGGAGCUCGCUUCAAAGUCUCUCAUCCGGCUGUGUACGUCGGGAGCCUUAUUCUCAUCGGCUGCGUCAGCUGCGCCACACUCACCUACAUAAUGUGUCACGCCAGCAUACAGAUGCCCAAAAAGUCUAAACACGCGCUAAUAAACACCUGGAUUGCGAUCGGGUUGCUAUGUUUCUUGUACACUUUAGGCAUCUACCAGACGGAGGACGUCAAGCUUUGCCAGAUUUUGGGCCUUUUGAUCCAUUAUCUAUCUUUGUGCUGCCUUCUUUGGAUGUGUGUGUCGGCUAGUAACAUGUACAAGUGGGUCACGAAAACCCACGGCCCGGUCAGGACUCCGGAAGACGAAAUACCCUCGGAUAUACCAGUGCAGAAGCCGAUUUUAGGCCUGUAUUUAGUCGGGUGGGGCAUAGCCCUGAUCGUUUGUGGAAUAUCUGGGGCAGUCAAUUUGAAAGAUUAUGCUGGAUAUUCUCAAUGUUUCUUGAGCACCGCUCCGGCGUUGAGCGCUCUGUUCAUACCGGGGGUGAUUUUACUCAUGAUUUUGUCCAUUCUAUUCCUCCUCAUACGAUGUACUAUAAGGAACACGAAUGUUCAGUUGUCGGAAGGCACACAGGCCACCGAGAAUGUCGAUUUAGAAAUGUGGGACCCAAAUCAGGCGAAUGAGGCGGAUAGGCGAAGUAUCAAAUCGGGCGUCGAUUCUGAGACAGAAGAUGUGGAACAUACCCCCAUAAUUCAGUUACGAGCGCAAGUUAUUGUGCUGUGCCUGUACAUUGCAGUAUGGACGUGUGGAGGAGUUGCUGUCUAUCGUCCGUUACCAGCAUAUUUACCUUACCAGGAAGACAUUUGCAGUAUCGUUUACGCUGUUUGCGCGACCAUAUUAGGAACGUUUAUUCUUUUCUUCUACGGCAUAGCUCGCAGUGACGUCAGAGCGCAGUGGUCGCUAAUGCAUUGCUACCUGCAGUCGAGUAAACAGUGCUGCAGGAAUAGAAGCGUCUUUGAUGCAAAUCAGAGAAAUAUAUCUGCGAACCCUAACAAUGCUCAGGUUACGCAAAUAUCGGGCGAUAAUAGAUCCAGAUCGGGCAGCAGAAGCUCUAACCGAACAAACUCCAAAACAAACAAUAGCGGCACCUUCAAGGCUGGCGCGGAACUCAAUGGACAAACUUUACAAAAAGAUGCUUCUAAAAAUAUAAACGGAAAAACCCCGAAUAUUAAUCUUGUCGUCUUACACAGACAGCAGUACAGAUCUAACAAUUCAAUGAUGACGUAUCCAGAUAGUAGCAACUUCAUCCCUGAGAUGUUUUAUAACCCGAAUCAGAUCAAUGUAGCAAAGAAGUUCUUUAAGAAACAAAGACAACAUAUGAAGAGGAAUUGCUUAGAAUUACCCUUAAAAAGAAAUUAUGAUGAUGAUUCGCAUAUUUCGUUACCAUUACCAUCGAAGGACCCGUACAGUGGACUUACUAAUAUGAUGAAAUCAGGAACGAAAGUUAAUAACACAAAUAUUCAUGUAGACAAACCUAAUGGAACCAAAGACAUACGAAAUACAAUGAAUCCUAACUUGUUGGAGCAGGAGUCGAAAGAUUUGAAAAAUUAUUCAACAGUAAACAAGCCUUGGAAUAGGAACGACGAUCCAAAGUCUGGAAGAGAUCAAAUCAUGAAUAUUUACACGAAUGUGCCAGAAACUCAAGUGCCUCAGCAUCAAGUUGUAAAGUCUAAUGUACAAAAACCAUUAAAUGGACAAAGAAAUAGUGUGUCAGAGGAGUGUCUCCAAAGUCACGCUAGCGAACACCCCGAGAUGCGAACAAUAUCGCAACAAUGUAGCUUGGAAUAUAGUUCAGCAUCGGAAAUGGCGAUGCCGCACACUUGCUCUGACCAAACCAUCAAUACGCAUUCAGAAAUGACCUCUCUCCAAGAAACUCAUAGUGCCUUAUGUUCUACAAAUGAAAUAACCGACACAGAAAGCUUCGGACAAUAUAUUGAUUAUUUACAGCCUGCGAAAAACCAAGAUAAUAAAGAAGCCCUCGACAAAUCAUUACAGGAUAUAUCUGAAGAGUGUACGAUGAAUAGUGAUGAAAUAAAUCGCUCCAGUACGCCGCAAACUUUAGACGCGAUUGGAGAAAUGGAUAAUUUACUACAAAAUCCAGACAACGAUCUCGACGGGUCCAAAGAGAAACUCGAAGAUGGCGGCAAAGAAGAAUAUUUUAUGGCGAAAAACACGUAUGACUUCGAGACGUGCAGUACUAAUGCGAGUGAGCAAGGGUUUGAAAAUGAGAGUGAUAUAUACUGUCCGAACUAUCAAGUGUCGGAAGUGAGUAUACGCAGUCAUGGUCUAUACGCCCCGUCGCCAUCUUCUAUGUGCCCCAACGAGAUCAGCUUUAGCAACGAAGACGUGUCUACGAUGGAAAAUCAGUACGUGAACUAUGACCCGGGCUGGCGUAGAACGAUAAAGAACAAUCCAAAGUUGGGCAAAUACGUUCCAACGCCCGCGCUGAGUUGUCCAGAAGUCAAUCGGGAGAGCCCAGUGUCGUUUUCCAGUGAUUUAGAUGAACUUUACACACAGAUUACUAGUAGGGACAAAGAGCGGGUGGCGAGGAAGGAGCAACUCGAUGUGACAGUUAACAGUGACGUGACACUUAAACCUGACAGUGACAGUUGCGUUAGCGAAGCGGUGUCAGAUGUCGAGUGUCGAAAAGGGGAGACUACUGUGUAAUUUUUCCUUGAUGCAUUCGGGAUUGUCUCAAAGCACAAUUUUAGGUACAAUUAUGAUUGUAAGUUUUUGAUAUUCCUUUAAUAUGGAAUGAAUUGGAAUAAUUUAUUUUAACGGAUUGAAACUCACUGCCAGUAAUGACUAUGUAAGUCUAUAAGUAUUUGGAAUGUUCUAUGAACCUUUGUAGUUGUAAUAUUGUAUAGUUCUGUGCCAUUUUGUUUGUAAAAUAUAGCUUUAAGAUGUAAUUUAUGUAAAGAUUUACUUGCAGUUAAACAAUAUCAUAGAAAUUUCUUAAAAUUAAUCGCAUAUUUUAAUUAAUAUGGUCUCUUAAUCCAUUAGUUACGUAAUGUUUUGUCCUUAUCACUCAUAAUAAACGUACGAGACGGUACAUGAAUUAUUUGACGGUUAUACAGAAAUAAAAGAUUGUUUUCUUGUAAGUAUACUUAACUUAUACUUUUAAUAAUUAAUUACAAUAUUAUCUACUUAAUGUAUUUAAUGUGCCAAAUUUACCGGACUGAAUUGUAUCGAUAUAAGUGUUUGCCUUUAUUCUAGUCUAUUUUGAUGAAAAUUUCUUUUAGUCUUCCAACACUUCAAAAUGUACUUACAAUGACAUUAAUCAUAACUAUUGGAAUCAGUAAAAAUAAUUUUUAGUCUAUUUAGAGACUUAACAACCUACAAACUGAUCUCAAUUUAUUUAUUUGGAAAAAUUCUUCUUAAAAAGUUCUUGUAAAAUAAUAUCUAGGUUGUACCAAGAUAAAUUUCAAGAUGUGUCAAGCAAUUUCUCUGAUACAACAUUCGUGCUAGACAUAGUAUGGUAAGAUUCGUAGAUUUUUAUAGUGUUUAUAAUACAUGUUAUACAUUGUAUGUUAAUAGUUAUUCUAACAUGAGCGUCACCUUAGCUUAAACAAUUGUCGACGCAUUAUUAACUAAGGCUUGGGGUCAUAAAUUAUAUUUAUCUGUCUGUCUCGCUCGCACUUAUAGGUCAUAUGGAGAGGUAUUGUGAUGUGCGUAAGAAUUUUAGAGGUGCAUAUCGAUACGCUAAAUUAUGUUAAGUAUUAAUAGACUCGAACAGACUAUAUCCGCAUUUUCCUUUAAAUAUUUUCGUCCAUCGUCAUUUUUUUUUUAAAUGGACCUUCGCCAAAAUUUUUCUCAUUGAAGAAUAUUCGUACUUAAAUUUAGGCAUCUGUUCUUGGUCGUUUCUAGAAUUCUAGCCAACGAUUGAUAUUCCCCGUUGUCAUAAUGAAUGAAUGGUACGUUUUAUGGUACGUGCGCAGGUAGCUAAGUAUCGAUAGCGGGUUGCAUUGCGUGCCCACUGUCAGUGACAUUUAUUGCCCGACGACUCAGUUUCAAAUGCGUCGUAUUAUUCGUAUGGGCAAGUCAGCCCACUGUGGGCGUAUUUGGAACUAAAACACGGAAGCCUCAAGCCUUUGUAAACGUUACGUAUAGACAACGCUGUGUUGCCACCUUAUAUUGUAUUAGUAUUGAAUAUAUGACUAAACUAUGGGAAAGUUUUUGAAGUGCGAGUAGACGAAUACUAUCGCCUAUAUAGUAUAAUUCGAAACUUUUGCAGCAUUUAAAAGUUAACUGCAAUUGGAUCUGUUAAGGAGUGAAGGUAAGGUUUAAAACUUUUCGAUAUAUGGGAUAGUAUUCGUUUAUUCGAUAAUGAUUACCACUGUAUUGCACUGUAUGAACGCGUUAAGCCAGGCUUGUACUACAAAUCUACGUACCUAAUGUAUGGAGCUAUUGUGAUGGUCGACGGCCAGCAUCAUUUUCAAUUCAAUGUUGAAGUUUUCUAUCUUAAGUCUUAAGAUUAGACAUAAUUAAAAUGGAAUGUGACACGCUAAACGCAUGUGUAGUACUGUUUUGCUAUAAAUAUUAACAUUUGUGAAUAUUUAAUAUAUGGAUAGAAAAUUUAUUAACAGUUAGCUUUUUGUGGGCAUAUUGCAUAAUAAAAAGCAUUUGCACUUAA